UUGAGACAUAUUUUUUAUUAAAAUUUAUUUCAGAGACGAUACUAUUACUGUCGCUUGGGUAGUCAAUGGAAGGGACAUUGGCGCAGAAUCUGGUUUUGAAUUGAGAAGCUACAAUAGACUUCUUAAUAUUACUUCACCGGAAGAGAAGUUUAGUAGGAUUGAUAGAGUCGAGAUAAGCUGCAGGAUCGUUGAGCGAGGGACAGUAACAAAUAUCACAACGGCGUAUCUUGAUAUUUCCGGAAGGCCAGGAAUCGUUCAGUGGGAUUUUUCUGGGACUUUAGUUAAGAAGGUUGGAGAGCCUUUGGAUGUCAGUUGUGAAACCUUCGGGAAUCCUGAGCCUUCACAACGUUGGAUUCGGGAUGGUCAGGCUUAUUCUGAAAAUUCCAGUCUUUACAUUGAAAAAAUGGUUCUCUCUGAUUUUGGAUUUUAUCAAUGUGAAGCUUCAAAUACUGCUGGAGUUUCUUUGCAGAAUCUUUGGUUUAUUCCUUUGGCACACUCAUUUUUGAACCUCCUUAUUUAUUUAUAUCAGUUUUUUCUCUCUUUAGAAAUAAAUUAUAUCAAAAACGGUCCGGCAAACUCUAGCGAAUUGAUUGGGAGUGAUAUAAGAAUGCCUUGUGAGGUUCAAGACGAACUGGCUCGUCGAGAAGAUGUCCGUGUUGAAUGGUUGUGGAAGGAUGUUCUUAUCCCACCAAACGGUGAUCAUAGACUUAGUAUUAAGCCAGAUGGAGCACUUGAAAUUAAACAAGUUGGUCCUGAAAAUAUCGGUUUGUACACAUGCCGUGUCAAGGUUGGUUCUAAGGAACAGACGAUGUCAGCUUGGCUUAAAAUCAUUGAAAAGCCGUCAAUGCCUGGGCUUGUGAAGGCUGAAUUGUUGAAUGAAACGAUAAGGGGUAGCAUUUUGGUUUCUUGGAAAGAGGGGUUUGACGGUAACUCUCCGAUAAUUAAACAUAUUGUGAGGAUGCGCAGCUUAGGCCCUACAGGAAUUUGGUCAGAUUGGGAGGUGGUCAAUGAAAAUGUUCCUGAAGAACUUUGCUCUGCUUGGUCAAUUAUCGUGGACAAUUUGAAGCCAUCUUCAACCUUGGAAUUUCAAGUAGUUGCUGUCAAUCGUCAUGGGGCUGGGAAGCCUUCACUGCCCUCGAAUAAUGUCACCACUCCGCAGCAGCCGCCUGCUGCUGCCCCAAGAAACGUUGCUGCGAACGCUAGAACGUCAGCUUCGAUUAUGGUGCAGUGGCAGCCUCCUCCUCCAGAGCAAUGGAAUGGUGAUAUACUUGGGUAUAUAAUACGUUAUCGACUGGCAAAUUAUGCUACUUUGGUUUGGAAUGAAAGGAACGUCAGUGAUGGUACGAAAAGAAAUGCACUUCUGGAUCAUCUUAUAACUUGGAGGGAGUAUGAAAUACAAGUAGCUGCGUACAACCAUCGAGGAAUGGGUGUUUUUAGCAAACCAAUUUAUGUGACAACUCUGGAAGGCGUUCCAACCCAAGCUCCUAAGAACUUGAAAGUUCGUGUAUUGAAUUCAACUGCAGUUGACGUGUCUUUUACUUCUCCUGACCCUCAAAUGGUGCCUGGAUUUAACCUGGGUUAUAAGAUCGAGUUUUGGAAAGGUUCUGUAGCCGCGGGUCAUUUGUUUCGCCAGAUCAGGGUUCCUCCGGACGAGACUAAUAUCUCUGAAACUGUUGGUGAUUUGGAGAAAUUCGGGCAUUACAACGUUACUGUUCUUUGUUACACUACACCUGGUGAUGGUCCGAGGAGCGAACCAAAAGAAGUUAUUACAAUGGAAGAUUUGCCAAAUGCGGUUGAAUUCCUACGUUUUGAUAAUGUCUUGUUUAAUUCAGUCGAUGUUUUGUGGGAUCCUCCAGCAGAGCCAAAUGGAAUCAUUCAAAGAUACAUUAUUCGAUAUUGGGAUAGUGAAAAUGUGAAAAGUGCUCAGGUACGUGAAGUUGAUUCUACUGCGAACAAUAUUACGAUUGAUGAGCUGAGCCCCUCCACACAUUAUACCGUUGAGCUUCAACCGUUUACGUCUGUUGGUGGAGGUCCAAAAGUCGAGGCAACUUUUGAGUCUGGUGUGCCACCAGAGCUUCCUGGACGGCCUUCUUCGUUGGAAGUGCUUGAAAUUGGUUCGAAAAAUGUUAUUUUACGGUUUUUGCCGGGGUUUGAUGGUCAUACUGUGAUUCGCAAAUGGAUAGUUGAGGGAAAGACCUAUUUAUCAUCCGCUUUCUAUCCAGUUUUUGAGAUCAAAGCUUCAAAAGCCCGAUCUAUCCUCGUUCAAAAUCUGAGACCAUUUACAAAAUAUCAGUUGCGAUUGAUUGCCGAAAAUGUGCGCGGUAAAAGUGCUCCGUCAGAUGCUACUGAGGAGUUCAUGACUCUUCAAGCGGAACCAGAGGUGGCUCCUGAUAUUCUCUUUACAAAACCCAUUAGUGCGACCUCAGCAUCGGUCGUAUGGAGUCCUUUACGGUCGGUUCAGUGGAAUGGUCACCCUAAAGGAUAUCUUAUCUUGUACCGGAGAGAGGACAAGGGUCAAAGUUCUUCAUGGAGGGAAAUUCGUGUCGCAAACAGCAGAGCCGGUGACUUUGUUCUUACUGAUUUGCGUCCGUACACACUUUACGAAGUUGAAGUUCGUGCUGAAAAUUCUGUUGGAAGGAGUAGACGUUCUAAAUCCGUAGCAGUAAAAACGUAUGAAGAUGUUCCCUCUGCUCCUCCUCCUGAUGUGGAAUUGGUUAUAAAUGAUCUUGAAGUGGCUGUAGUUUUUUGGAAACCGAUUGAAAGUAGUUCUGCUAACGGAGUUGUUAUUGGUUACAAAGUACAACGUUAUCGUUCUGAAUUCUCGAGAUUUGCAGAAGUUGAUGCACUGAGUUUAAAAACUAGUUUUUAUCAUUUGCAUCCGUUUAUGCGGUAUAGGGCUUUUGUCAGUGCUUUUACUGUUGUUGGUUCCGGGCCGGAAAACUCCUCUGCUUUUGUAACAACUGAAGAAGAUUGUCCAGGCGAACCUUACAUUGUUGCGUUUUCUCACGUUAGUGAAACAGAAGUGAGACUUAAGUGGAACCCUCCUCUAGACCCGCCAAACGGUGUAAUUCUACAUUAUGAAAUAAUGUACUGGAAGCACGGCAACGAAAAGGAUGCGACUAAAAUCAAGUUAAUAUCAAAUGUUUAUGGUCAUUCCGCUACUGGUCUUCAAAGGGACGCUCAUUAUAAAUUCGCAGUUUCUGCUGAAACCUCAGUUGGAUGGGGUCCUAAAGCAGUUGUUAGCGUGUUAACCACAAAUGAUCCUGACUUUUAUUUUACGACAUCUUCUAGUUUGAAACCGAAUACAAAUUACCAAGUCCGCAUUCGAUUUAACAACGACUUUGGGCAAAGCCCUUGGUCAGUUGAGUCGUCAUGGAUCAAAACGCUUGAAGAUAUUCCGUCUGCUUCUCCUGUGCUACUGGAGGCAUCACCGUACGAAUCUGCUUCUAUCAUGCUACUGUGGCAUCCGCCAUUAAAAGAACAGUGGAAUUCUGAUGUUAUUAGAUUUCGAGUUCUGUAUCGUGAUUAUUUUUCAAAUAGUAGCGAAAUUACUGAGGAAGUUGAGGCGAAUAAUGAGCCAGAUUCAGAAGUGCAUUACAUUGUCAGAAAUUUGAAAAGUUUCCGACAUUAUAUGGUUCAAGUGCAGACUGUCAAUGAUAUUGGAAGUAGUUCAUACUCUUCACCUGCAUUCGUUUAUGUCGGCUACGUAAUACCGAAGCAGAAGGUUAAAGGACUUGUUGCUGAACCACUUUCUUCAUCUUCGGUCUCUGUAAAGUGGGAUCUGUCAGAUGAUAUCUUGGAUGUUAUUUCUGGUUUUAAAGUUAGAUACGUUCCUGUUUUACCGGUUCUUUCAAGCAAUGGCGUUUUUGAAGAAAUGGUUGUGGCCGAAAAUACUUCUGUCGUUUUAACGGAGCUCAGAAAGUUUACUGAGUAUCAGCUAUCCGUCUCUUCAUACAAUCCCGCUGGGGAAAGCGAAUUAACGAAAGUGCGUGUCACAACUUUGGAGGAUCGUCCAGGACCGGUUUCUGGGCUUAUUUUUUCGGAUAUUUUGUUGGAUUCAGUCAAUGUUUCGUGGGCACCUCCAAAUGAACCUAAUGGAAAGAUUAUUGGCUAUUUAAUUAAUUACAGGACUAACAAGCUUAAGGAAAUUCAAGAGAAGACUUCUUUAAGCCAUCAUGUUGUCACCGGUCUUGAACCAAAUAUCACUUAUUUCUUUUCUCUUCGUGCGGAGACAUCUGCUGGAUAUGGGAACGAAGUUGUUGGCAACGUCUCGAUUGCACCCGUGCAAGGAUGUCCGGAAGCUCCUUCAAAGCCUCGCUUAUUGCCGGGACAGAUGUCUGUAGCAUUGGAGUGGCAGGAUGGUACUUACGGAGACACUCCAAUCAAAGGACAUAUAAUUCAAGCAAAACGGAUUGCUCCCUAUGGAAAUAAUCAUCACUCAAGUAAACCUCAACACGUAAUUGGCGAAUGGAUUACUCUUUCUAAUAUCCAAGGCAAGCAGGGUCACUAUGAAGUUGGUUACCGUUAUCUAGAGGCUUCAUCAUUCUAUGUUUUUCGGGUUUUUGCCUGUAACUCUCGUGGAGCCAGUUUUGGUAGCCCUGAGUCAGAUCAACUUCAUGUUCCUGCUUUUUUACCCGAGGAUCCUUUUUACACGAAAUGGUGGUUUAUUGUAAUGGUUGCUCUAGUUAUAUUUGUCGUGAUUGUUAUUGUUGUGGCUUUCUUGUGUGUUACUGGUAGUCGGUAUAAGUACGCAAAACGGAAUUCUGCAGAUUCUCUGCAACUUGCAGAUGGUGAUAUCGUAAGUUAUGAACUAAGAAUAACAGACUUCUUCAGGCGCGAUACUCCGAUCAGACCAAACACAAACACUUCUUGGAUUUCUGACUCAAGAGAUCUACCUGCAUAUGGCAGUAUUGCAGACGUAUCGCCUCCAAACAACAUGUACGGUUCGUUGACUACUGAUGUUACUCCCGAAAGGCGGACUUCGGCGCUACUCAACAUGGGUUUUGGCCGGCUUUACACUAGUGGACCAUACGGAAACAGUGAACCUAUGUUAGAGCAGCAUUCGUUGGAUGUUGAUCUACCGGGAGAUCUUAGGGAGAACAACAGUGGAGAACCAAAUAUUGGUAGAUUAAAUUCAUUAGUGUUUAGUAGCUUCUGUUUCAUCUUCAGUCAAUUCUUUUGUAAAUCAAAAAGUUUCAAAGUGGUUUUGCUGCACAGUGCGUAG